CCCCUCUUUCCCACCCAGGCCCGCGUGCGGUGCAGGGCAUGCAAAUGGAAAUGGUCUAAAUAAACAGAUGGAGAGGAGAGACUCUCCCAUUGUCCUCUUUCCAAGGCGGCUGGUUCAAAAGUGGAAUGCAUGAAUUGAGAUUCCAAGCCCCAUCAUCCACCUUGAUGGGAUCUGACCUCGGCAUUCUCGGGAAAGAUGCCUCCAGAGCUUUUGCCACAGGUGACUUCACCCCAGCUGGCCUGGUGGACGAUAUUUCAGGAUUGUCACCACCACAAAUGCUGGCCAUCCAGAACUGGCUCUCCUUCUACAAUAAGAAUUAUGUGCAUAUUGGCAAAGUAGCUGGACGAUUUUACCAAGAAAAUGGGGUACCUACCAAGGUUUUGGAGGAGGCCCAAGCUCUCAUUGAAGAAGGAGAGAAGCUGCAGGCCCAGGAAGUUGAGCAGAAGAACCGAUUUCCACCUUGUAACUCUGAAUGGAGCUCAGCUGGAGGAAGCAGGGUCUGGUGUUCCAAACAGAGUGGGGGGAUCACCCGAGAAUGGUCUGGUGUACCCAGGAAGCUAUAUGAACCUGGAUCCAGUCGCAGCUAUUGCGUUUGCAUAAAGACAGAAGAACUGUUUCCUGGGCAAAUGACAUCCACCCAGCUAAGCAACCAAGGAAAGUUGAACAAUCCCAACCUGCAGGAAUACAAAGGGUGUCAUCCACUUUCUGAAUGGUGUGCUUUAAAAGAAUGAGUCAACUGUACCUCUCUGGAGAAACACUUCUACACAAUCCAGGUAUUGAAGAAAGCCCUUUUUAAGGAAACUUAACUAUGUAGUUUGACACACUGUCUGAAUCUAAAAUUAGAGUUUGCAAAACCUGAAUUUGCAAUUAAAAGUCACUCUUUAAAAGUAUGGAUUUGCAAAACAUCAGCUAAAAAAUAGGAAUGGAGAAAGAGCUCUAAACAUUGUAUGUUUAAAACAGGGUCAGGUGAUGACAUGCUUCUCUAAGCAGAGGGUUCUGGCAGUGGAGGAAGAGGGUCAUUGGCCCUGAGGAACAGAGGUGUAAAAAGGGACAAGAUGCUCCUACCACCUGCUUUGUAGGUCACUGAUCCCAGCAUUUGAAUUUGAACCCGAGCCAUAAUUGAUUUUCUAACUCAUACAGAAUGGCUGUUUUGAUACAGCAUGCUAGGCUAAAAUAUCAACGGAUCUGCACAACACACGAGCUAUAAAUUGACCAUUUUACUAAACUAUGGUUUAGCAUGUAGUACAAAUUCAACUAAUAGCUAGAUUCAUUCAUGGUUUGUUAGACAACCCAAAGAGUGCUCUUAGUGCUAUUGCUGCUGUUCAGCAAACGUGCCUGUUCAACUCCCAUUUGGUGUAUCGUAUUGUUUCCCAUGUGGCUUAAUUCACCACUCCAGAUUAUGGUUCGUAUCAACCAUCAGAAGAGACUUUUAUGAUCUUAUGUUCUCCAGAAUUGUAAUACCAGUGCAUCUGGAGGAUACCAGGUUGAUGAAAGAUGAAAAUUCAAACGUAUUUUUUUCUGGAUAAAAUUAAUUGGGGAUCACUAGUAACAGUAUUCCGUUUGCAGCAAUAUACAGUUCUUCUGCUUGACUUCUGUAACCAUGAACUUACUGAUGUCCAGUUCAAUUAAAUUGCUUUAUUACAAGAAA